AUGUACAUCACGCUCUACUUCAUAGUGAACCGCCUCCCUGACUCUCUUCGUGCAGUCAGGGACCUCUUUCUAGCACUUGACCCCACAGACCUCACUCUCAACCUGCUCGAGAAGCACCUCCUUGCAGCUAAGACUAGCAUAGUCAUUGUAGGUGCUGCUCGUGGUACUACUCGCACUCCCUUCUUUGAAAAAUGUUCCCCCUCCCCCCUUGCCCCCUCCUACGCUUCUGCUGCUGCUGUUGACUUCCUUGGUGCUGAGGAGGUCGGGGCUGCGUCUGCUCCUAGUGGGAGGCGCCGCAGCGGCAAGGGCAAAGGGGGCAAGGGUGGAGGUGGCGGCGGGGGAGGCGGUGGUGGAGGCGGUGGAGGCGGUGGAGGUGGCGGUGGUGGCGGUGGGACUGGUGGCGGGGCUGGGGGCGUCGGUGGCGGCGGUGGUGAUAGCGGUGGGAGUAGUGGCGGCGGUGGUGGCGGCAGUGGGAGUGGUGGCGGCGGUGGUGGCAGCAGUGGGAGUGGUGGCGGCGGCAGUGGUGGAGGUCGGGGUGGAGCCGUUCAGAGGGGAGGUUCUGGCGGUGGCCAGAGGCAGCAGCAGCAGCGUCCGCGUGAGACCCUUACGCCCCAGCAGCUUUGUGAGUGGUUUGCUCAGCGUGGGGCGUCUGGGGUUGUGUUCGCUGCUCAGUUUGGCGACGAGGCAGAGCUUCCCCGGUGGCUAGAGCUGCUUAGGUCUGGUGUUGAUAUCUUUGCUCUUGACUAUGACGCUAUCCUUGCUGCCAUGUAUGCUUUGACUGUUAGUGCUGAGGGUGACUGUUACCUGUGUGUGCCGCCCGACCCUGGUAUAGAGGCUGCUGCUCUAGGUGCUAGUGAGUCUGCUCUCUCUGGUACUGCGCUAGCAGAGACCUUGCACACCUUCACGCUUGACUCAAGUGCUUUCCGCUGUUUCUUUCGCAACAGUACCACAGUCACACCACUCCCUGCACCCGUUGCAGUCUCACUGGCUAACCCCUCAGGGGGCGCGGUUCUUGCACGUUCCUCUACUGUUCUCCUCUGUCCGGCUGUUCCGUUCGGCUCACUGUCAAGUCUCCACCUCCCCUCGUUCUCGACGAACUUGCUCCGCGAGCGGGAUUUUCCUGUCCUGCGUCUGCACUCUGACAGAGGUGGUGAAUUCUCCUCCCACCUCUUUUGGGACCUCUGUCGUGGGGAGGGCAUCCUCCAGUCGUUCACGCUUCCGGCCUCCCCACAGCAGAAUGGGAUUGCUGAGCCCCGCACUGGCUUAGUCAUGGAGGUGGCUCGUACCUCCAUGAUCCAUGCGGCUGCUCCCCAUUUUCUGUGGCCGUUUGCGGUCCGGUACGCUGCGCAUCAGCUCAACUUCUGGCCCCGUGUCUCCUUGCCGGAGACCUCGCCUACACUGCGUUGGACGGGGGAGGUUGGCGAUGCGUCGGUGUUCCGGGUCUGGGGCGCUCGUGCCUUUGUCCGCGAUACCUCCGCGGACAAGCUCUCCUCCCGCGCCAUUCCCUGUGUCUUCCUUGGCUUCCCCCCUGACGCGCGUGGCUGGCAGUUUUAUCACCCCACCAUGCGCCGUGUUCUGUCCUCUCAGGACGUCACGUUUGACGAGUCGGUUCCCUUCUACCAUCUCUUCCCCUACCGCACUGCCCCUCUCCCCCCUCCGCCGCUCUUCCUCGCUCCAGGUCCCCCUCCGGUAGACCCCCUUCCCCCUCAGGGUCCUGCUCCUUCAGGUGUGUCUCAGGUAGACCCACUUCCCUUGGCUGAGCCUGUCGAGGUCACUGGUGACUCUGGUGCUGCUGGGGGUGGUGCUGCUCGGGGUGCUGCGUCUGGGGGUGCUGAGCCUGUGGGUGCGGAGCCUGGGGGUGCUGAGCCUGAGUGUGCGGAGCCUGGGGGUGCUGAACCUGCGGGUGCAAAGCCUGGGGGUGCUAAGUGUGGGGGUGCUUAUCCUAGGGAUGCUGCGUCUGCUGGAGGUCCUACGGGUGCCUCGCCGCAGCGGUCUAGCCGGCGGGAGCCUCUCUCACCACAGCAGCUGCGCGAGUGGUUUGCUCGGCGCACCCGCCUUCGGAGUGGCGCUGCUGGAGCUGGAGGCACUGCCGCUGGAGGCGCUGGAGCUGGAGGCGUUGGAGCUGGAGGCACUGCCGUUGUGGACACUAGAGCUGGAGGCACUGGAGGUACUGGAUCUGGAGGUCCUGGAGGUACUGGAUCUGGAGGUCUUUGA